ACUUGUCUUACUUUAACGUCUUUAAGCCUCGUGUCCACGAUGCUAGAAAUCGAUCCGAGAUCUCGCUCCGAGAAAUAUGUGGCUCCAUAAAAAGCUACAAGCUGAUUGGCUACACAAUUCUCGAGUCGAGAUCUCGAAUCGAUUUCUAGUGGUGACUGCUCCGAUAAACGAUAAAACGCGAUUGCUGCCAAAUACAGAUGAUCGUUGCGCGUCAGAAGAAAUCCUAACCUAUCAUGAUUGGAGUAGGGACGUCAAUAUGAAAUCACGAAAGAUAUUUACAAUCGGUCGCAUCAGCUGACCCACGAUCAAGUUUUAUAAUUAUUUUUGAGUGUUAGGUUCAGAUAUAGAGAAGUUCCGACGAAAUGGCGAGUCUGGGUAACAGAAUCGUCGUCUUGAUAGACAUGGACUGUUUCUUCUGUCAGGUCGAGACGAAGCUGCAACCACGGUACGAGGGAAAGCCGCUUGCCGUUGUGCAAUAUAAUCAAUGGGAAAUGGGCGGGAUAAUAGCUGUUAAUUAUGAGGCGCGAAGUUUCGGAGUAACUAGACACAUGAGGGGCAAAGAAGCUAAAGAGAAAUGUCCAGAUAUAGUUCUCGCCAGCGUGCCGUGUCUUCGUGGAAAAGCGGAUACAUCCAGAUAUAGGAAAGCUGGUCGUCAGGUUAUCGAAGUCCUAAGGAAACACUGCAACAUGGUUGAACGCGCCAGCGUUGAUGAGGCGUAUCUCGAUUUAACGGAUAUUGUCGAUGAGAAAUUAGCCGCAAACGAAAUUUCUUCGAAAGAAAUGAUGUCGUAUCUCGCGAACACGUACGUUGUAGGAUACUCGGAGGUCGAUAAAAAUGACGAAGAUGACAGACGUCGAGGUUUGAAGACGUGGGUAUUAGAUAGCUUUAGCGAACUGCACGACGCUCGAGCACAAAAGCUCGCGAUAGCGGGCGUAAUAGUGGAGGAGAUAAGGGCUAGUAUAUAUAGGGAAACUGGAUUCAGAUGUUCCGCCGGCAUCGCGCAGAACAAAAUACUGGCCAAGUUAGCAUGUGGAUUGCACAAGCCAAAUCGUCAAACGAUUCUACCCGAGGCAGCGAUUGCGAGUCUCUAUUCGACACUCCCGGUAAGGAAGGUGCGAAACCUCGGUGGGAAACUUGGUGACGUCGUGGUUGAGUCCCUCGGGUGCAACGUCAUGAGCGAUCUACGACAAUAUUCCUUGGAAAAGUUGCAAAAACAAUUUGAUGAAAAAACAGGAUUUUGGCUGUACAAUAUCGCUCGAGGCGUAGACAAUGAGCCUGUCAGCAACAGAUUAUUAGCAAAGUCCAUCGGAGCUUGUAAAAAAUUCCCCGGCAAGCAAGCCAUAACUUCACUGGAAUUGUUGAGACACUGGGCUGGAGAUUUGGCUGCGGAGGUUUGCGAACGGCUCGAGGAGGACCUCGUGGAGAGUCAACGACGCGCGACGUUGCUCACAGUCUCCUAUCACUACUACCAGAAUAAAAGGACCGUGUCGCAGACGCGCUCGCUCGCUUUGAACUCGUACAAACCCGAGAAGAUGGCGAGUCAGUGCGUGGACGUUGUCACGAAGUCGACGCAGUGUCCUGUGGCGUACUUGGGCUUCGCUGCCAGCAAAUUCGUGCCGUCGAAGGAGAGCGGCAGCUUCCUCAAAUUUUUCAAGAAUGCUAAAUCGGAAAGGAGCAAAGUGAAUUCUGAGGCGUGCAAAUCGCUGGAUGUCGUAGCUUCCUCCGUAGAUUCAAUGAAUUCAGAAGCGACAGAAGCGAACACUCCCGCCAUUAUUAGCGAAAAGGAUUCACCUGAUGAGGAAUCAAUCAAGUCACAAAUCACAAUGAUGAGGAGAGGAAAUAAGAAAACCGUCGAAAACUCGAUCUUAAACACCAGCAUGAAGAAUUCGCCGACGUCGAAGAGAGUUUCCAAGCUGAUGCAGGUGUGCAGCGAGCACGUUGAGGUCAAGUCGAAGAAUAAACGUUUGUCGGGCUUGAUAAUAGACAAUAACGAUUUUCAAGAUUCGUUCUUCAUGAACGUGUAUAAAACAAAGGGAAAGGAAGAACGCUCCAGCGAGGUCGAAGCCGCGGAGGAGCCGGAAUGCGAGACAAUCACGUCCACGGACACGGAGAGAGACGCGAGUGACGAGAUCGUCGACGAUCGUAGUUCGAAUUUGUACGUACAAGAAAAUUCGAAGCCUUCCACGAGCUAUACGCCUACGCAUGUAAGCAGCAACGACGAACCUGCGAGGGAGAGUAACGAGACUCGCACGCGGGAACCCGUAGCGCGAUUACGAGAGAUCUUUCCAGACCUGAACGACAUGGAUCCCGAGGUGCUGUCCCUGUUGCCUGCCGACUUGCAGGAGGCAGCUAGGCCGUACAGACAGCCGCGCGACAAGAAGCAGGAGAGUGUCAGGGUUACUCGGGGAGGGAGAGGGAAGUCUGGCAAGUCCAAAGCCGCCGGCAAGAGCGGCAAGAGACGCAGCCCCCUGUACAAUUUCCUGAUCAAGACCGACUCGCGUGAGCACGACGUACCGUUGGAACGGUGCGCUGAGUGCGAUCAGCUGAUAGCCGUGACGAGGUUCAGCGAGCACGUGGACUUCCACGUGGCGCAGAAUUUAUACCGGGAGAUCAACAAGCCCGCGUCGGGCGAGAAGAGGAAACUGGAGGAUGCCGAGGCCGGUACUGCGACUUCAGUGAAGCGCCAGACGCCGGAGAAGUACAGGCACGACGGCGACUCGCGAUCAAUAACCACGUUUCUCUCGUAAUCGGCAGAGGCCGUCGAAGAUUUUGUAUGGGUUUUCGUAAUUAUCGCGUUUCGUCGGAAUAUUAUUUACG